AUGCACAAAAAAGAACAUUCUUCAUUCUUCACGGUGGUGCCGAGGAGAGAAGGCGAAAAACAUGAUAGUAAUGAUGAUGAUGGCUCAUCAACGCCAAGCAGUAUCAUAACAAAGCCUUCAUUGUUGACCACGGCUGAUGAAGCAAGUAAAACGGAAUAUAUUAAAUUACAUAGUAGAAAUUGGUUGGAAGAGAAAAUGUUGAAGCUGUGCUCAUCGAGAGGAGCUACAAUGUUCAUUGUUGUAAUGGGCUAUGCAUUGGCUUUAAUGUAUGGAUAUGCGUCGAUGAGUUGGAAUGAAAAUUUGAUUAAUAUUGGAAUAAUUUUAGGACAAAUCGUGUUGAAUCAGAAUGUUUUCAUGUUCUUGUUUAAAGUGGAUCAAUUCUUGAGGAUUGAAAAUGGAGAUAGACUAAAGAUGGGAUGUUUAUUGAUCUUAUUGACAAUAAGGUUCUUUUUAUUUGAAAGAAAUAAGAUUCUCUUUGUGCCAACCAUGUUAAUGUAUAUAUUUGGAGGAAAUCUUGUUUAUUUGGAAUCAACAUUCUAUGGACUCUUACCAACGUAUUAUUUGUGCUCGCUCUACGUUUUGACUGGAUCUUGGCGUGGUUAUUUUCAUUAUUUGGAACAUGGAUUGGAUAAAGAGCUAGUUGAUAUUUUGAUUGAGUGUUUUGGGUUGGCUUCUUGUUUAUGGAUUGCAACAUUUUAUCUUGUAACAACUACAGGAUACUUGACAAUCAAAGUUUCAAAACUAGAAGAAACUAGAGCAAAAUUGGAGGAUGCUUUGUCGAUUAGAAAUACUUUCAUGAGCCAUAUUUCACACGAAUUUAGAUGUCCAAUUCAAUCAAGUAUGGGAUGUCUUCAAUUGCUGAAAGAGACUGAAUUGACAAAGAAACAACAAGAACUUGUGGAUACAGUCACAUAUUCCAAUAGUGUAUCACUACUUCUUAUUGAGGAUAUUUUGCGCCUGGUUAAAAUUGAACAUGGAAGAGAUGAUAACCUUGAAUGUCAACAUAUUUUUGAUAUCGGAAGAGCUGUAGGAGUGUUGGACAAAAUGGUUUGUGGAUAUGCACACCAAUUUGGAGUCAAUUUGAAAUUAACGUGUGAAUCGCUUAACAAUCUAGUAGUUCGAUCCAGUCAGUCUCAACUACUCCAGAUAUUGAGUAAUUUAUUAACAAACGGUAUCAAGGCCUCAAAUCCAGAUAGUGCAGUAGAAUUAGUAGCUAACAUUGUUUCAAAAACAGAUAAUCUGGCAGUAGUUCAAUUCAAAAUUAUUGAUCAUGGCAAGGGAAUACCUGAAGCUUUGAUACCGACCAUAUUUGAGCCAUUUGUUCAAUUAGGAAAUGUUAAUGAGUCCAAGGUUCCCUCUUCUGGACUAGGAUUAACAACAGUUUCUCAUCUAGUAAAUUCAAUGAAAGGAAAAAUUGAAGUCAAAUCAAAGACUAAUAUUGGAAGUGAAUUUAUUGUGGAAUUGCCAUUUGAUUUGGCAUCAACGGAAGCUCAGGAAGAUAUAGUUCAAGAUCCUAUUCUAGAACUACAGUUAGCAGUGCCUCAAGAGCAAUUAAAAAUAGGAAGUUCUUCAGUUAGCUUGGACGGUGAAAUGGACACAACUAGCAUUAUUGUAGCAGAAGACAAUUCAGUGAAUAGAAAAGUUAUCUUGAAGAUGUUGGAAAGUCUAGGACAUAAGGCAGAUGCUGUAUGUGAUGGUGAAGAGUUGGUUCAGCAAUUCGAUCCACAAAGACACAAAAUUGUGCUUACUGACUUGAAUAUGCCCAACUUGAAUGGAAUCAAAGCAGCACAAGAAUUGAGAAAAAGAUUUGGAAAUGAUUUCAAAAUUUAUCUGCUCACAGGAAAUGUCAUGGCUUGUGAAGAAGACUAUUCUUCAAUUAUUGACAAGGUGGUAAUCAAGCCAGUUUCUAAAACAAAUUUAAAGCAUUUAAUAUCGUAA